GACGGGCCAGAGCGGCUGGCGGGCCCGCGGGUCGGCAGCCGUCAGUCCCGCGCGAGCAUGGAGGCGGCCUGAGGGCCAGAGCCCAGCCGGGGCCGGAGCGUUUGCAAAGAAUGGAAAGGAACUUUAAAAAAACAGCCUUUCACGUGUUUACAUUCACCCUGGCCCAGUGUCACCUUCCACGCCCGGCAAGGACAGCAGUUAAGGAGGAGCAGUAAGGAGCUGACACCGUGCGCCCCUGACCUGAGAGGUCUGACCCACCAGAAACAUGGCAACCAGCGCCGUCCCCAGUGACAACCUCCCCACGUAUAAGUUGGUGGUGGUGGGGGAUGGGGGCGUGGGCAAGAGUGCCCUCACCAUCCAGUUUUUCCAGAAGAUCUUCGUGCCUGACUACGACCCGACCAUCGAGGACUCCUACCUGAAACAUACAGAGAUUGACAAUCAAUGGGCCAUCUUGGACGUUCUGGACACAGCCGGGCAGGAGGAGUUCAGUGCCAUGCGGGAGCAGUACAUGCGCACGGGGGACGGCUUCCUCAUCGUCUACUCGGUCACAGACAAGGCCAGCUUCGAGCACGUGGACCGCUUCCACCAGCUCAUCCUGCGUGUCAAGGACAGGGAGUCAUUCCCGAUGAUCCUCGUGGCCAACAAGGUGGACUUGAUGCAUUUGAGGAAAAUCACCAGGGAGCAAGGAAAAGAAAUGGCGACCAAACACAAUAUUCCGUACAUAGAAACCAGUGCCAAGGACCCACCUCUCAACGUCGACAAAGCCUUCCAUGACUUGGUUAGAGUAAUUAGGCAACAGAUUCCAGAAAAAAGCCAGAAGAAGAAGAAGAAAACCAAAUGGCGGGGAGACCGGGCCACUGGCACCCACAAACUACAGUGUGUGAUAUUGUGACGGGCCUGAGGCCUUAAGCACAGUGACCAUGAACUGGCCAGUUCUUGGGACCCCUCCACUGCCUAACCUCACUGAAAUCCAUUUCUAACCAUGACCCUUGAACCCGAGGACUUGGCACAGAAGGAAAAGGGAGGGAGGCCAGGGAGGAAAUGGGGCCUGGCUUUGCCGGAAGGGCACAGGCGUUCCCAUGUCUCAUAAGACACAGGAAGCCACGCUAAACAGAGGUCGCAUCCAGCCCCUCGUGUCGAUUCAGCCCAGUUCCUCCCCCUCUCCAGGUGGCUGUGCUGUUUCUUCGAACUACACAGUGUUGGUUUGAUGUGGAAGUGCUUAUCCACGUACAAAGUACAAAACAAGCCAUGAACAAGCUCCCCCCUUGUCUCCAGUCCAAAGUGUCUGAGCUUGGGUGUCUUUUGUAGAUUUUUAAAUUAUUUUAGUGGUUAUUAUUGUAUCGAAGGGGUCUGUGCCCACUGCCUGGCGAAGUUUCAGGUCUUCGGCAGACCUCUCUAACAACGUGUCUGGAAUAUUGUUGUUGUUGUUUUUUUUUUUAACUGAGCUUUCCCAGCAGUGCCAAAACUCAACUCAAUAUGAAAGUAGAAUGACCGAGAGACUGGAAGUUAACGAGGACUGUAGGAGGAAGCCUCAGGAGAAACAGACGCUGCUCAUGGCCUAGAAACGAGAGAGGAGAGAGACGUGUUUACCUGGAGGCUUUUACAGCAGAUAUUAGGAGACGAUUUUAUUUUGCUGAGGGGAGAGGCUGGAAUGAGCAUGGCAGUUCUAAAAGGAGUUUUCAUUAUCCCGGAAAUGUGUAAACCAAAUAAGUGGAUGGACUUUGCCGAAGUGUUCAUUUCUUUUUCAGCCACUGUGGGCUGAGUUCUGUUCUUCCCAGCCAAGUAAGAGGGCUUCCUCACGUCGCCUGUGCUGCCCGGUGCCUCUCUGAUACAGACACGGUGACACAGGCGUGUAUGUUUCUCCACGUCAAAGUAAGCUAAUGUGGACGCCAUCCAGGAAAUUCUAGUUUGUGCCGACUCAACCAAAAGUGAUCCAAUACUGGUGUUACCAAAACAGCACCAAGACCUAAAGCCAUUUCCCCUCUGACAGCCACUUCUUAAGCCUGGUAAAUGAACAAACCCCUUGAAGCAUUUGCAAACUUAGCAUUAGGUUGCCUUUCUGGCACACACUUUCAUUAACCUCUCAGAUAUUAACUAUAAUAUAUGAUGGGAGGAGAAAGGAAGGUUUAGGCGAUGGCAUGGCUCCCAUACACCUGUUUCUACAAGGGGACAGUCCCCCAACUCCCUGACGAUGCCCACCUCCCUCUCAGGUGCUGACAGUGUGAGCCAAAGACUAGAUUUUAGGGGUCAGGAUGGGGUGGAGAGGCAGCAGGAACAGCAGUACGCCUCUGAGAGAUGGUCAGAAGAUGAGGUGGCACUACUAGUGACCUCAUCUUCCAUAUGUUACAAGUCAGAUCACUAGACAAACUAGAGCAUACCUAGCAGGUGGCCUGGCCACUGUUUGGAGAAAGAAGCCCGGGAAAGUGAGUGCCAGCUGGACAUCGGGACACCUGUCUUCUUUUCCAGUUUUGAAAGCGUGCCGAGUUCCUAACUUGGCAAGAUCACCGGCACCGAAGGGCCCAGCCGAGGAGUGAUUCUGCUGCAGAAUGAAACAGUUGGAACUUUCAUUGGUUGAAAAUCAAACUUCUUUGUCUAAAUGGCCCUUUUUUCUGACCCUAAAAGGCAGGAUAACAAGGAACAUGCCAGAUCAGGCGCCUCAGAGCUGCCCAAGAUCCUGUAAUGUUAAUGGGCAUUUUAAACACUAAGGGGACAAGGCUCUUUCUGACCCUUCUGCUCCUCUGAGCCAUGUCUGCAGCAGCCCCGUAUGCAGUUUGGUGGCUGGAGACAAGGAAGAGGCAAGGCAGGCGGAGAGGGGAUGCUUUGCACUGAAGGAGUGGUACAGUGGUACGGGAAGCCCUACACACAGCGCCGCGUCCACUGCUGGGGAAAUUCUACCGGGCGUGGAGCACCACCAGAUCACCCCUGCCCACUGCGGAGCCUGCAGCUCACUGACAGCACUGCAUGGCACGUCUUGUUGGAAGCAGACCAGCUGGCCUAGAGCGAAGCUCUCAGCCAUGAGGGUAACCAGACAGAGGGGCGCCGACCGCUUCUGUCCUCCCAGCUCCCACCCACAGGGGCAGUGCAUCUGGCCCACCCCUGGCCCCAUCUUCCAGGGCAUCUGUUCUGCACUCAGCCCACAGUUUAACUCCACAAUGCCCAAGAGAGAAACUGGUUAAAGGAUGGCCUUCUGCAGCCUCUGCUGUUGAGCCAGUGGUCAGCCUUCAUCUCCUAUGACCUCAUCGUUCCCAUAGGCGAGAUGGGUAAAUAACACUUUUAAAAGACAGUUCUUUGUAUUCUAGAGAACCGUGGGCCCUUGUGGCAAUAGCGGCUUCCAGACAGGCCAGAAUAGAGUGUGCCCGGGGGCAUCCCCAUCCCCUCCAUGGUCACCUGGCAAGGUCAGUCCGGGGAACGGGAACCAGUUGGCCAUGCUGUUCCAUGACUGAGGAGCCCAGUGGAACUUUUGUCUUUGGUGACAUCCUGGUGUUCCCACUGGUUUUACAGGCCACCUGAUAACCCCUCACUCCAUGCCUUUACCACUCCGUGUGCUCAGAUUUCCUUCUAAAAUUCUGACACCCCCCGCCCUGCCGCCCCCUUGGAGGGCUCCUUCUCUCUCCAGCAGGGAAUCCUAGCCAUCCUCUCCAUCCCCGCAGCCUGGGGCUGUGGCCACUGACUUCCUCUGCACUUUGCCACACGGGGCACCCUUGGAUGCUUUCUCUUAGGACUUUUCCCCCCACCUUCCUGUGGCACUUACUCUAGAGAGUGCCUGGUAGCCUAGGGUGGCCUAUCUCACUUUGCCAGGAGGUGUGACCCAUUAAUACGUGGCAGCUCUAACCCAAAGGCCCUUCACGUGGUACAGUAAGUCCAGAGCCAUAGACACACUUCCUCCAUUAGCAGCCCAUUGGAUUAGAAAUUCCAUGUCGGGUUUCCUUAGAAUGAAAGAUACUUGAAUUAUGGCGCAACUGUGAGCGCCCAGCUUCUGUUACACAGUAUUAACAGAUGGCCAUGGUCAUGAAAUGAGGGCGAUGCCUGAAGAUCUCGAUGAUGCUGGAGCCUUUUAUGUAACUUUUUAUUAAGUCUUUGUGUAUCUCAACUCAUUAAUAAAAGAAGAGGAACACU